GCCGGGGCCCGGCACCGCCGCCGCCGCCAACCACCGGGCCCCGCUCCGCCGCUGCCGCCGCCGAGGCAGGCGGCCGUGCCGUGACCAGCACCGUGACCCAGCACCACACCGCAGGGGCGAGCCCACCCCAAGCCCCCUUCCACCAUGUUCAACCUGAUGAAGAAGGACAAAGAGAAGGAUGGGUCCCGAAAGGAGAAGAAAGAAAAGAAGGAGAAGAAGGAACGGAUGUCGGCGGCUGAGCUCAAGAGCCUGGAGGAGAUGAGCAUGCGCCGGGGCUUCUUCAACCUCAACCGUGCCUCCAAACGGGACUCCAAGACCCGCCUGGAGAUCUCCAACCCCAUCCCCAUCAAGGUGGCCAGCGGGUCCGACCUGCACCUCACGGACAUUGACUCCGACAGCAACCGGGGCAGCGUCGUCUUGGACUCGGGCCACCUGAGCACGGCCAGCUCCAGCGAUGACCUCAAGGUGGACGAUGGCAACUUCAAGGGCUCGGUGCUGCAGAGGGCGGCCAAAUUUGGCUCGUUGGCCAAACAGAACUCUCAGAUGAUCGUCAAACGCUUCUCCUUCUCCCAGAAGAGCCGGGAUGAGAGCACCUCAGAGACAUCCACCCCCUCCGAGCACUCGGCCGCCCCCUCCCCACAGGUGGAGGUGCGCACGCUGGAGACCCAACUCGCCAAGCAAGGGGUCCCCACGGGACACCCCUGCACCCCUCCCGCUGCUCCCCUCCGAGCCAGGGUGCCGGAGCUCGUCGGCAAGAGGUUCCCCGCCGAGCUGCGGCUGCCCGCCUUGGUGCCCCCACAGCCCCCCACCCCACGGCAGCUGGAGCUGCAGAGGCGCAACACUGGUGAUUUUGGCUUCUCCCUGCGCCGUACCACCAUGCUGGACCGGGGCCCCGACGGGCAGGUGUACCGGCGCGUCGUGCACUUCGCCGAACCCGGGGCCGGCACUAAAGACUUGGCGUUGGGGUUGGUACCGGGUGACCGGCUGGUGGAGAUCAACGGCAGGAACGUGGAGAACAAAUCCCGGGAUGAGAUCGUGGAGAUGAUCCGUCAGUCGGGGGAGACGGUGCAGCUGAAGGUGCAGCCCAUCCUGGAGCUGAGCGAGCUGAGCCGCUGCUGGCUGCGGGGCAGCCAAGGGACACGCCGUGCUGCCUGGGAUGCCAAGACAGAGGAGCAGAUAGCGGCUGAGGAGGCCUGGUAUGAGACGGAGAAGGUGUGGCUGGUGCACAGGGAUGGCUUCUCCUUGGGCAGCCAGCUGCGGCCAGAGCAGGGCAGCCCCCUGCCCGAGGGCAAGGUGAAGGUGAAGCUGGACCACGAUGGAGCCGUCCUGGAAGUGGAGGAGGACGACAUAGAGAAGGCAAACCCCCCGUCCUGUGACCGUGUGGAGGACCUCGCCAGCCUCCUCUACCUCAACGAGUCCAGCGUGCUGCACACGCUGCGGCAGCGCUACGGCGGCAACCUCCUGCACACCUACGCCGGCCCCACCAUGGUCAUCAUCAACCCGCUGAGCUCCCCGUCCAUGUACUCUGAGAAGGUCAUGCACAUGUUCAAGGGGUGCCGUAGGGAGGACACGUCCCCGCACAUCUACGCGGUGGCCCAGGCCGCCUACCGCAGCAUGCUGAUGAGCCGCCAGGACCAGGCGGUCGUGCUGCUGGGUGCCAGCGGCAGUGGCAAGACCACCAACUGCCAGCACCUUGUCCAGUACCUCGCCACCAUCGCUGGCAGCACCGGCAAGGUCUUCUCCGCGGAGAAGUGGCAGGCUCUCCACACCAUCCUGGAGGCUUUUGGCAAUAGCAGCACCGGCAUGAACGGCAACGCCACGCGCUUCUCUCAGAUCAUCUCUCUGGACUUUGACCAGGCUGGGCAGGUGGCAUCUGCCUCUGUACAGACGCUGCUGCUGGAGAAGCUGCGUGUUGCCAGGCGCCCGGCCAACGAGGCCACCUUCAACGUCUUCUACUACCUGCUGGCCUGCUCUGACAGCACCCUGCGGACUGAGCUUCACUUCAACCACCUGGCAGAGAACAACGUCUUUGGCAUCGUGCCCCUCUCCAAGCCAGAGGAAAAGCAGAAGGCAACCCAGCUGUUCAACAAGCUGCAGGCUGCCAUGAAGGUGAUGGGCAUCUCUGGUGAUGAGCAGAAAGCCUUCUGGCUCGUCCUGGGGGCCAUUUAUCAUCUGGGGGCCGCCGGGGCCACGAAAGAGCCGCUGGCAGAUGGAGCUGACGCCGACGAAGCUGGGAGGAAGCAGUUUGCACGACAUGAGUGGGCUCAGAAGGCUGCCUACCUGCUGGGCUGCAGCCUGGAGGAACUCUCCUCCUCCAUCUUCAAGCACCAGCCCAAGGGCACCCUGCAGCGAUCCACCUCGUUCCGUCAGGGCCCCGACGAGCCCGCCCUGGGCGACAGCAGCACAGGUCCCAAGCUGACAGCGCUGGAGUGCCUGGAGGGCAUGGCAGCCGGCCUGUACUCAGAGCUCUUCACCCUCCUCAUCUCCCUCCUCAACAGGGCGCUGAAGUCCAGCCAGCACUCGGUGUGCUCGGUGACUGUGGUGGAUACCCCCGGGGCGCAGAACCCCGAGCUGGCGGGGCAGAGCCGAGGGGCCACCUUCGAGGAGCUCUGCCACAACUACGCCCAGGAGCGCCUGCAGCUCCUGUUCCACCAGCGCACCUUCGCCCGCGAGCUGGAGCGCUACAAGGAGGAGAACAUAGAGCUUGCCCUGGCUGACGCCGAGCCUGGCUCCUCUGAUUCUGUAGCUGCUGUGGACCAGCCCUCACACCAGGCACUGGUCCGAUCUCUGGCCCGUACGGACGAGGCUCGGGGGCUGCUGUGGCUGCUGGAGGAGGAGGCACUGCAGCCAGGUGGCAGCGAGGACACUUUGCUGGAGCGGCUCUUCUCCUACUACGGCCCCCAGGAAGGAGGCAAGAAAGGACACAACCCGCUGCUCCCCAGUGACAAGCCCCGACACUUCCUCCUGGGCCACAGCUCGGGGACCAACUGGGUGGAAUACGAUGCCACGGGCUGGCUCAACCACGUCAAGCACAACCCGGCCACCCAAAACGCCUCCGUCCUGCUGCAGGAGUCGCAGAAGAAGGUGAUCAGCAGCCUGUUUGCCGGCCGUGGCGGGUCGGCGCUGGUGCUGUCGGGCUCGGUGGCGGGGCUGGAGGGGGGCUCCCAGCUGGCCCUGCGCCGCGCCACCAGCAUGCGCAAGACCUUCACCACCGGCGUGGCCGCUGUCAAGAAGAAGUCUCUCUGCAUCCAGAUCAAACUGCAAGUGGACGCCCUCAUUGACAGCAUCAAGAAGUCGAAGCUCCACUUUGUGCACUGCUUCCUGCCCAAGGCAGCGGGGGCCGGCGGGGACCCGCGGGCUGCGCCGUGCCGGCGGGUGAGCGGCAGCGAGCUGGAGCUGCCGGCGGAGCACUGCGAGGCCGGGCUCAUGCAGCUGGACGUGCCCCUGCUGCGCGCCCAGCUCCGCGGCUCCCGCCUGCUCGACGCCCUCCGCAUGUACCGCCAAGGGUACCCUGACCACAUGGUGUUUGCGGAGUUCAGGCGGCGUUUUGACGUCCUGGCCCCACACCUGACCAAGAAGCACGGGCGCAACUACAUUGUGGUGGAUGAGAAGCGGGCAGUGGAGGAGCUCCUGGAGUCUCUGGACCUUGAGAAGAGCAGCUACCACAUGGGCUUGAGCCGGGUGUUUUUCCGGGCCGGGUCGCUGGCGAGGCUGGAGGAGCAGCGGGACACACAGACCAGCAGGAACAUCACCCUCUUCCAGGCAGCGUGCAGGGGCUUCCUGGCACGGCAGCAGUUCAAGAAGAGGAAGAUCCAGGAUUUGGCCAUCCGGUGUGUGCAGAAGAACAUCAAGAAGAACAAGGGGGUGAAGGACUGGCCUUGGUGGAAGCUCUUCACCACCGUGCGGCCCCUCAUCGAGGUGCAGCUCACCGAGGAGCAGAUCCGAGGCAAAGACGAAGAGAUUCAGCAGCUGAAGAGCAAACUCGAGAAGGUGGAGAAGGAGCGUAACGAGCUCCGGCUCAACAGCGACCGCCUGGAGAGCAGGAUCACAGAGCUGACAUCGGAGCUGACGGACGAGCGGAACACUGGCGAGUCGGCCUCCCAGCUGCUGGACGCCGAGACAGCCGAGAGGCUGCGGGCUGAGAAGGAGAUGAAGGACCUGCAGGCCAAGUACGAUGCUCUGAAGAAGCAGAUGGAGUCGAUGGAGAUGGAGGUGAUGGAAGCUCGUCUCAUCCGGGCGGCCGAGCUCAACGGGGAGCUUGAUGAUGAUGACGAUUCAGGUGGCGAAUGGCGGCUGAAAUACGAGCGGGCUGUGCGGGAGAUCGACUUCACCAAGAAACGGCUGCAGCAGGAGCUGGAGGACAAGCUGGAGGUGGAGCAGCAGAGCAAGAGGCAGCUGGAACGGAGGCUGACAGACCUGCAGGCAGACAGCGAGGAGAGCCAGCGCACGCUGCAGCAGCUGAAGAAGAAGUGCCAGCGCCUGGCUGCGGAGCUGCAGGACACCAAGCUGCACCUCGAGGGCCAGCAAGGACGCAACCACGACCUGGAGAAGAAGCAGCGGAGGUUCGACAGCGAGCUGUCGCAGGCACACGAGGAGGCACAGCGGGAGAAGCUGCAGCGGGAGAAGCUGAGCCGUGAGAAGGAUGUGCUGGUGGCUGAGGUCUUCGGCCUCAAGCAGCUGCUGGAGGACAAGGACUUGGACAUCGCAGGGCUGACGCAGAAGGCGGAGGCGCUGGAGGCCGAGCUGCAGGACAUCUCCUCCCAGGAGUCAAAGGAUGAGGCCUCCCUGGCCAAGGUGAAGAAGCAGCUGAGAGACCUGGAGGCGAAGGUCAAAGACCAGGAGGAGGAACUGGAUGAGCAGGCUGGGACCAUCCAGAUGCUGGAGCAGGCCAAGCUGCGGCUGGAGAUGGAGAUGGAGCGGCUGCGGCAGACGCACGCCAAGGAGGUGGAAAGCCGCGAUGAGGAGGUGGAGGAGAUUCGUCAGUCAUGCCAGAAGAAGCUGAAACAGAUGGAAGUGCAGUUGGAGGAGGAGUACGAGGACAAGCAGAAGGUGCUGAGAGAGAAACGGGAGCUGGAGAGCAAGUUAUCUGCCGUCAGUGAGCAGGCCAACCAGCGUGACUUUGAGACGGAGAAGCGCCUGCGCCGGGACCUGAAGAGGACGAAGGCGCUGCUGGCUGAUGCACAGAUCAUGCUGGACCACCUGAAGAACAAUGCACCCAGCAAGAGGGAGAUUGCCCAGCUCAAGAACCAGCUGGAGGAGUCGGAGUUCACGUGUGCAGCCGCCGUCAAGGCCCGCAAGUCCAUGGAAGUGGAGAUCGAAGACCUCCACCUGCAGAUUGACGACCUCGCCAAGGCCAAGGCAGCACUGGAGGAACAGCUGAGCCGGCUCCAGCGGGAGAAGAACGAGGUGCAGAGUCGGCUGGAGGAGGACCAGGAGGACAUGAAUGAGCUGAUGAAGAAGCACAAGGCAGCUGUGGCCCAGGCAUCUCGGGACCUGGCACAGAUGAACGACCUCCAGGCACAGCUGGAGGAGGUCAGCAAGGAGAAGCAGGAGCUGCAGGAGAAGCUACAAGGCCUGCAGAGCCAACUGGAGUUUCUGGAGCAAUCCAUGGUGGACAAGUCGCUGGUGAGCCGGCAAGAAGCCAAGAUCCGCGAGCUGGAGACCAGGCUGGAGUUCGAGCGGACACAAGUCAAGCGCCUGGAGAGCUUGGCCACACGCCUGAAGGAGAACAUGGAGAAGCUGACGGAGGAGCGGGAUCAGCGCGCGGCCGCCGAGAACCGGGAGAAGGAGCAGAACAAGCGGCUGCAGAGACAGCUCCGCGAUGUCAAGGAGGAGAUGGGCGAGCUGGCCAAGAAGGAGGCAGAGGCCAGCCGCAAGAAACACGAGCUGGAGAUGGACCUGGAGAGCCUGGAAGCCGCUAACCAGAGCCUGCAGUCGGACCUGAAGCUUGCCUUCAAGCGCAUCGGGGACCUGCAGGCAGCCAUUGAGGACGAGAUGGAGAGUGACAGCAACGAGGAUCUCAUCAACAGUUUACAGGACAUGGUGGCAAAGUAUCAGAAAAGAAAAAGUAAACUCGACGGUGACUCGGAUGUGGACUCGGAGCUGGAGGAGCGUGUGGACGGGGUGAAGUCCUGGCUCUCCAAGAACAAAGGCUCCUCCAAAGCGCUCUCGGACGAUGGUAGCCUGAAGAGCAGCAGCCCCCCCAGCUCCCGGCACCCCUUCGCCUACGACAGAUGGGAUGAGGAGCAGGACGCCGGGGAAAGCACACGCCGCUCGUCCCGCAGCUCCCCCAGCGCCAGCGAGGCCGAGAGCCGGACCGCCGAGACCCCCGCCUAACCCCUCCCAACACACACACACACACACACAUCCCUCACUUCCCAUCGCCCCAGAAACACUCAGCGCCACGGGGCCGCCCCGGGCAGCCGGUAUUUCUUCUGCACAGGGGCAGGGGGGGCACAGGCAGCCAGGUGCCCCCCCAGCCCUGGCCAUGGGGGGAGCAGCCCGGCCGGCUCGCUGGCUGCAGCCCCCACAUCUCCCUCCCAUCUGUCCUCGGCGGAGGCAGCGGCUCCAGCACCCCGGGUUUACUCCUCAGUGCCUGAUGGCUCCUUAUUUUGUAACUUAAACUCCCCCCACCCCCCUCCCCGGGCACUUCACUGUCCUCCUAAGCCCCAUUUAGUUGAGCCAAAGACGUCUCUCGCUGGCCGGGCCCUGGAGAGCAGCUGCCCUGCAGCUGGGAAGGGGACAUGGGGAUGGGGUCCCACAUGCCUCCCACCCCAGGGUUGUCAUCACCCCUCCUCGGCCCCUGGCCCCCACCUGGCUGUUUGCACUAGCCCAGCUGUGCAUUACCCCCUCCUUUACUUUCAGUAUGAAAAUAAAUGUCAUUUCUGGCUGGUGACACAGGCUGCUGCCUGCUCUGCGGGGGGGAGGGCGUGUCACCCCAUUUCAUGAGGGUGGCAGCGUCUGGUGAGAUGGAUCCAGCCCCAGCAAGGACACAGGACUGCCUGGAGAUGCCAAAUCCAGCCCCUUCCCUAAGCCUGCUGCACCCAUGGGUGCUGAGGGGAGGAGGGAGGCGGCCUUCGUUGGGUGCCAGCACUGAAUCAUUUAUCAAUCUUCAUAAAUAUGCAGAUGAGUAGGGGGAUGGCAGCCCUCUGCCUGCCGGCGUUAAUUAUUUACCGCGGAGGAGCCGAUGCUGUGCGCUGCCAGCCGCCUGCACACACCGGCUCAGCCUCAGCUCCAGCGCCCACCAGCCAGGCUGCGUGCUGCCCCAGCCCCAGGCACCCCCACACACACCCCUGGGACCCCCUGGGACUCCGGCAAACCACAUCACUCCAUCCUUUUCCUCACUAUCUCUUGGAAACAAAUGGGCCGAGCUGUGCGCUGGCUGCCAUGAAGCCACACUGCGCUAAUGCGCUUUCAUUAAGUGGGAGCGAUCUAAUGAUAAUAAAAUGGCACAUUUAACAUUAAAACAUUUAACUUGA